AUGCCUAGACGCAACCAUGCCCUCAACCCUAACCUUCCGGAGGGAGUCCACCACCCAUCAGCCCCAGGCAUCACGGCGCAAAUCAUCUCCCAAGAUAACGAAGCAUUCCCAACCUAUGCAUCUCCCGACAACGACCCGAUCCCUAACGACCCAAUAGCAGAAUACCUUCGUGUUCAAACCAUCACGACGUAUGUUGCCGCUACCAACGAGACGCCAUAUGCGAUCCAUCUUCGAGUCGAUAGACCGUAUCCCAAGGAAAUGGACUGCUCGAAACUGCAGUUUCAACUCUCGAUCGAUGGCAAGUUUGUGUGGAAUGUUUGGUGCCAUCGGCCUCGGUACGUGGAAAUGGGCAAUUUGUGGGAGGAAAUAAUUCGUGGCAUGAAGCAGGGAAAGGGUCAAGGUUGCAAGAUUAGCGACUUUAAGUUUAAGGGAAUUAAGACUAAUGAGGAAAGUCUCUCCUCUGCAGAAGCCCGACGUCUCAAGGAGUCCAUGAGUAAGUUUGGCGAGAUUGAGAUCAAAGUCUUCAGAACGACGUAUGGAAAAAAGAGUGGAGAUGUCAAUAAUAGCAAGAAAGGAUUCAUGAACGACAAUAGUAAAGAAGUCCCCGAGAAGGCAUUGAAGGGACCUGAGGCAAAAAGUCAUGGUACUGCGUUGGACGUGGGACGAAAAGUCACCCGAGGAGAUGUUUGGACAGACGCUAAUAUACAUGGUGAUCAACCAAUCAUCAUCUUCCGCUUUCUAUAUCGCUCUGAAGCUGCGCUGAAAUCUUUGCAUAUAAUUGCACACACGCCUACUCCAUCUCGUUCUAGCUCACCGGAGAUUGUUGGACAUGGUGGUAGUGGUUUAACAGCUGAUCAGGCAAAGCAAGUUGAGGAAUUAUUGAGAUCGUUUAGGAAUGCAUCGGGUGAAUCGGCGGGUGAAUCGAGUGGGAGGAAGAGAGUUAAGAGGGAAGAUGUUGAUGAUGGUGGUGAAGUUGAGAGUAGCGAGAGAGUGGUAAAGCGACGGAGAGCUGAGAAGGGUAAGGGAAAGGCUGUUAUGAUUGAUUUGACGGGGGACGAUGGCGAGGAUGAAGUUGAAGAUGAAGUUGAAGAGGAGAAAUCUUCGACGGUGGUUGGUGAUGCUGGUGAGCUGGAGAUCAUUAAGUUGGAUGAUGAUGAUGAUGAUGCUGGUGAGACGGAGAUCGUUAAGUUGGAUGAUAGUGAUGAUGAAGAUGAUGAUGAUGAGUGUUUAUUUAUUCGAGAUAAUCGAAUCUGA